CUGUUGCGUUGGUCUAUUCCGGAAAAAUGAAUGCUCUUCAGUUUCUUGUGUGCUUGGUGCUCGUCCGUUGCUGCUGUACACAAAAUGACUGUACUACCAGGGCACACAUCCUGCAUAUGAUGAACGGCAUUACCAAUUACGGUUCAGAAGUGGUCAACACAGUUGUUAGAAUCCUGGAGUGCUCUGGUGUUUUUGAAGACGAUAACGUGUUCAUGAGAAGAUUGGCAUAUGUAGAGACAAGGGACGGUGCAGAAGGACAGGGCAGUACUGGGAUAUGGAAUGCCACAAACCACCACCUCAAUGCCAUGGCCCACGAAGUUCUAAUCGGAUCAUUUCCCGACUUAGUGGAGCAGACAUGUGAGAAAUUCGGUGUAAACAUGAGGAUGGCUGUGAGGUAUCCCGAGAGCCUGGAUUUGACAGACCCGUUGGUGUCUGGUGUUGUUGCUCGUUUCUAUCUCCACUAUGUGACUGUUGAAAGAGGCAUACAAAUUCCAUCAGGCGAGGAUGUAAAUGGCCAGGCCACGUUUUGGGUCUCACAGUUCAAAAUGAAUGAUGGAACUGCUACUCACUUUACAAGGCAUGUGGCUGAUCUUAAAGGGAUAUGUCCGUGCUCAAACAGGGAAGGAGCUUGUUCAUCUGUACUGCCAGAAGACUGGAUGAACCGUGAUGAUGCUAAUGGCUCGCGUGUGGUGGAGGCAGUUCUUAAACAGUUGGAUAACUCACACAUCUUCACACCUGAUCAUGGUUUCAUGAGGAGAAUAGCGUAUGUAGAGACAAGGGACGGGACCAGAAAAACUGCACCAAAUGCCUCUGGUAAUUUGUGCCAUAACGGAGUAGGAAUAUGGGGACUAACAGAAUACAUGCUGAGCAACAUGAAACAUGAGGUUAGAAUGAAGGCAGCACAUAUCAAGAGGUAAUGGCUGCAAGUGAGGAUAUAUGCACAGAGUUUGGUGUGAACAUGACUGGUCAUGAGAAGCUGAACAUGAGAAACCCACUGGUGUCUGGCAUUGCUGCACGUUUCUAUUUCUACUAUCAGGUUAUACUGCAUAAUAAUAUGAACAAGGAAUUGCCUGAAGAUUUACAGGGACAGGCAAUAUUCUUUAAGAAAUCAUAUAAGAAGACAGGUAUUAAUAAGUUUUUGGAAGGCGUGGCUGACAUAGAAGGCUGCAAGGUGAAUGUAGACAUCAUGUUUGUACUGGAUAUUUCACACAGUUUAAAGGAUAAUCAUCUGGAAGAGGUGUUUGAUUUUAUGACUAAAUUUGUAAAAAAAAACCUGACCAUUGGGCCACGGAAUGACAGAGUUGGAGCAGUCGUUUUUGGAGAUUAUGCCCACGUAAUUUUCACCAUGUCUGAACAUGACAACAAGCAAAAAUUGCUUAGUGCUAUUGAAGGACUUAAGAGCUACGCACAACAUGUACGGAAUGGUGAGAUACAGAGUACCAACACGUCCCACGGACUGACUGAGACACUGGCUAUCUUCAAGUCAGAUUCAAGACAAUCCAACACAGUGUUUAGAGUUGCUCUGGUACUGUCAGACGGAGUGUCAGAUGAUCCUGAUUCCACUGUCAGGGAAGCAGCAAACCUACACAACUUCUCGGUCCUGGUCUAUGCCAUUGGUGUCGGCAGUGUUAGCGACGAAGAGAUGAUAGAAAUUGCCGGUGACCGCCAUCGCUAUACACGUUUGGAUCGGUUUGAUUCGGAACAAUUUAAACUUGUUAGGAACAAAUACGUCAAGGACCUUUGCCUGAAUGCAACCAAAGAUAUAAGUAGCAAAACAUUUGCACAUUUUGAUGGAGAUUUGGAUCUGCAUGAAAUUAUGCGCUACACAAGACUUGUUCCUGACAAUGGCCUCACUAUACGAGUGUGUUCCAGUGAAGGUAGAGUCACUAUGUCUGUGUUCUGCUAUGUCCCACUCCCAAAAGACUUGGGGAAUGUUAUAAGUUUCCGACCCACUUGUGAUUACCGCAACACUACAGAAGAUGGAAACUGCCAGUGUGUAGAGGUCUAUAUUCCAGGGUGUGUCUGUUCAUCACCCCAUGAUGACAGCAGACUCAAACGUGCGACUGUGACAACCGAGGUCCACAUCACCGUGGAGGGUAUGGAGACUGAGAAUGUGUUUGUUAUUGACACCACUGAUGGGGAUGAUCCCAAUGACUGUGUGGGGAUGAAGGUUGCAAGUGAUUGUGUAAGACCUUGUAAAAGAAACCCAGAUGGAGCAAAGAUCACACUGGACGACUCAUUCUAUAAGAUUAGUGAGGAUGGGGGAUACGUGCACGUCUGUGUAGAACUAAAGAGUGACAUUAAGCGGGAUGUUGGCUUUGAACUCAGUGUCACUGACAUUACAGCACAAGGUGGCAGUGACUUUAUCUCGCCAGCAGGACUCAAUUGGACUUUCACUGAGGGAGGUGACGCUGAGAUGUGCUUCACAUUUUUUAUCACUGAUGAUGACUGUGUGGAGGAAAAGGAGUCAUUUGAAGUGCAUCUUUCGUCUUCUGACUCUUACGUUGAUGUCCAUAUCUAUUCAGCCAACGUCACAAUCUGGGACAAUGACUAUGCACUGUUUGCCAUUGAGUAUGACACUUACUUUGUUCCCGAGAAUGACGGACCAGUCACACUCUGUGGGGAACUGCUGGAAGGUUGUCUGCAACGAGAAGUCAUAGUUGAAUUUUCAACCUUUGAUGGAACUGCUCAGAAUUCCUCUGACUAUGAAGGUCGCAUGGGCCGUUUGUCAUUUGAGAGUGGCUCAACGGCAGGGACUGUAGACUGUGUUGACGUUGGAAUCAUUGAUGAUGUCUGCAAAGAAAGGAACGAGUCGUUUGUUUUUGCACUGUGUGCUGGAGGAGAUCCGUCUGUGCACAUUGAUGACUUUUACUCUGAUGUAUAUAUCAUAGACAACGAUGUUGUACAGGUUUCUCUGUCAGUUGGGAACUGGUGGUGUAGUUGAUGAGGGUAAUGGAGUCAUGCUCGUAACUGUCACUCUCACUGGAGACCUUAAGACUGAUGUCACUGUAAAAAUUGCUACUGAGGCUGCUGGGACAGCUGUAGCCUACGAGGACUUUAUACCGGUGUAUCAGGAGCUCAUCUUUAACGAGGAGACUUCCAAUACACAGACAGUGUUUGUUCCAAUUCUGAACGACGUUUGUCUUGAAGAAUACGGCGAGUUCUUCUCUGUUGUGGCAACUAGUGACAUGGACUGUGUUGAGAUAGUUAAUGGAGAAGUUACCAUUAUGAUUUAUGAUGAUGACGAGGCCAAGAUUACUCUGUACGAACCUUUCUACAAGACAAGUGAAGAUGUUGGAUCGGUGGACAUCUGUGUUCAGCUGAAGACAGACAUAAAGCGCGACGUUGAAUUCCAACUAAGUGUUAUUGAUGCAACAGCACGAGAUGGAAGCGAUUUUGACUCACCAGCAGAUCUCACUGGAACAUUCACUGUUGGAGGAGAUGAUCACAUUUGCUUCACGUUCAACAUCAGUGACGAUGACUGUGUGGAAGAAAAGGAAUAUUUCCUAGUCGAGCUCUCGUCUUCUGAUGAAUACGUUGAUGUACACACCUCUAUAGCCACAGUACAUAUCAAGGAUAAUGACUGUGCCACGUUUGGUGUACAACAAGAAGUGUAUUAUGUGGAGGAGAAUGCUGGAUUUGUUAGAGUUUGUGUUGAACUAUUUGAUGGUUGUCUUCAGAGAGAUGUUUAUAUUGAGAUCAAGAAGCUUGAUGCCACAGCCAUUAAUGAAGCGGAUUUCGUGGGGGGCAAAUAUCAAUUACACUUUGAGAAUGGCUCGGUGUCUGGGGCAAUAGACUGUAUCGACAUGGAGAUCAUAGAUGACAACAUCAAGGAGGGGAAUGAGUCAUUUCUGGUUGUUUUAUCUCCCGGAGGAGAUGAGGCUGUUCACCUAGUCAACCACUAUGCUGAUGUAUACAUCAUUGACGAUGACUGGGUGAAUGUGACUCUGUCACUGGCUAACCCAGCUGGUACAGUAAAAGAGAGUAAUGGAGCUAUGCUUGUUCUGGUUGAAUUGGAGGGAGUGAUAAAGACCGAUGUGACAGUGAUAGUCAAGACUUAUGAUGGAUCUGCUCUGGAAGGUCUUGACUAUGUGUCAGUGACAAAAGAAAUUGUAUUUACCAACUACUCAGAGAAUCCACACCGUCUCUACAUACCCAUUAUCAAUGACUGUGACUGUGUUGAGGAGUAUGAGUACUUCUUAGUGAACAUAACCACUGACAUGGAUUGUGUCCAUCUACCUGUUGAAUAUGUCCACAUCACAAUUAUAGAUGAUGACAUGCCUAAAGUGACCCUUGAAAGAAUGAUCUAUGAAGUAUAUGAGGAUAACACAACUGUGUCUUUGUGUGUUGAGCUUAAAUCCAACCUAAAACGUGAUCUUGAGGUUGAUCUCUAUUUGUCGGGAGACACUGCCACUGCUGGUACAGACUUUGAUGGAACAUCUCCGCUGACGCAAACUUUUGUCAAUGGAUCAACUGUUGGAGACAGAGUCUACUUUAACAUUCCAAUAUUUGAUGAUGAUAUUGUGGAAAAUGAAGAAUUCUUUUCGGCUUUGCUUAUUGCAGAUGCGAAAAUACACAUAGACACUGCAUAUGUGCAAAUAACAGACAAUGACACUGCCUGUGUCAACUUCUCAAAGUCAGUGUAUGAGGUACAGGAGAGCAGUGGGUCUGUAGAAAUUUGUGUGGAUGUCGAUGGUACUCUUGAAGACUACCUGACAGUUUAUCUCUUUACCAUUCCUGGUUCUGCCACUGCUGCUGACUUUUAUCCACUGAGUGAGAGCCUCACAUUCCACGAUGGAGGGCGACAGUGUGUGAACAUCAGCAUUGUGACUGGAGAUGCUCUUGAGAACGUCGAGAAGUUCUCAGUCGUCUUGUCUACUCGGGAUGAGCGCCUUGAAAUAAAGCGCUACUACGCAACAGUUUAUAUUGUUGAGGAUGGGACUGUCAGAAUUGGCUUCAGUCAGAUUGUAUAUCAAGUGGAGGAAGAGGAUGAAAAUGGAGAAGGAAGCAUCGUUGAAAUCUGUGUGGAGGCUGGAGACCUUGACAGAGAUGUGAAUGUAUAUGUGACCACAAGUAGCCAGACUGCUAUAGCUGGUGAAGACUAUUCUGAUGUCCUUGCUGAGCUUAGAGUGCUGAAGUUUAAGUUUCAGCGAAGAAGGAGAUUUAUUGGUAGCAUCACUGAGGAGCAGUGUUUCAAUGUCACAAUUCUGAGCGAUCCUUUCGUGGAAGAAGACGAAGUGUUUUUGGUUCAACUGUCCACUGAUGACUCUGGAGUUGUACUUAGUCCGGAAGAGGCUGAGGUUGUCAUUCUCAACAACGACAUCAUUGUUCAAAUGGAACUGGCUGAAUAUAAUGUGUGUGAGGGUGUGGGAAGCCUGAUGGUGUGUGCUGCUGUCACUGGUAGGACUGUGACUUCCUCUUUCACUCUUGCAACAAAUCCAGGAACUGCCACUGCUCCAGAAGACUAUGAAGAUGUUAGUUUAGAGGUUGUGGGAGAGCAGAUUCCUUGUCUGAGCAUCACCAUAAAAGAUGACAUGGAGAGGGAAAGCUGUGAUGAGACCUUUACUGUUGUCUUGAGCACAUCUGAUCCCAGUGUCAUUAUUGUCUCACCAAACACAUCUACUGUUACCAUCUAUGACAAUGAAGAGCCCAGGAUUGAAUUCAUCAAUAAUACUCCAGAUUCUACUGGUUUCAAUAUAAGCUCAGAAUUUCAGAUAGAGGGCUGCAUCAAUCAGACAAUGUGUACCAUACGUCAAACUGGAGAAUCUAUUGCCUGUCAAAAUUCUGCGUCCUUCACACAAGAGCGAAAUGGUGCUCGCACUCUGAUUAUUACAGCCAGUGGCGUCUGUGGAAACAGUCAAACACUGUCCCGUAUUCUUCGAUCUGACGUCCCAGUAUGUGAUGUACAUCAAAUCAAUGGAGGAGUAGAGCAAGCAACUGUAGAUGGGAAUAGUGCAACUGUACUGUUUGAAGGAACAGGUCCAUCUGUUGACAAUGUUGUCACUGAUUUUGGGCUCAGCAUUAGAAGGGCGAGUGCCAAUAUCGUGACUGGCCUCAUGUGCUCUACAGCAGCUACUCAGGCUCCCUCUCCAUUUACUGUGACAUGCUCUUUCUUCUUGUUAUCUAUUAGCUAUCCUAUAGUUGGUCAUGGAGAGGUGACUGUGUCUGGGUUUGAUUCCAGUGGCACAUGGGCCAUUGCAGUUCGACCAAUCGAGCCAUCUGUUGACAGUCGUCUGUGCCGCAGGCGUAUAGAACGAACAUUUACUUUUGACAUUUGAUUAAUUGACACUCUCCGGAGAUGUCUCUUAAGAUGCAGAGCAGAUUAUUAGAUUGUAGUUUGUAGCUGAUUUUUAGUAUUGUAUAGUUCCAUGCUCUGCUAUGUAUAAUAAAUAAU